CACUCAACAAAAAAAAAAACUCUUAUCUCUCAAAUCCUUCAAUAAUUCUCAUUUUUCAAUUCCGACUUAAAAAUUUCUGAUGUUUCGUCACGCUUUAUUAAUUUUCUCCAUACUAGUUUCCGCCGCCGCUGCCGUCGGAGAAGGAGCAACGGCGGCGUACACUCCCACCGAUGUUUUUCUCUUCAACUGCGGCGCUACCUCCGACACCGUCGACAACACUGGCCGGAACUGGACGGCGGAGAAUCGGAAAAUUCUGUCGUCGAAUCCAGUCAACGCGUCGUUCCCUUCGGAAUCAUCAUUCCAAGACUCCGGUGUUCCUCAGGUGCCUUACACGACGGCUCGAAUUUUCCGAUCUGAAUUCACUUACAGUUUUCCAGUUUCUCCCGGCGAUAAAUUCCUCCGGUUAUAUAUUUACCCGACCAGUUACAAACCGGGUUUCGACGCCGUCAACUCCUUGUUCUCCGUCACCGUCAACGGUUUCACUCUAAUGGAAAACUUCAGCGCGGAUUUAACGGUAAGGGCUUCCAAACCGGUAUCAAAUUUCUUAAUCAAAGAGUUUAUCGUCCCGGUUCACCACAACACGUUGAAUCUCACCUUCACGCCGUCUCCGAACUCUUUAGCUUUCGUUAACGGAAUCGAGAUUCUCUCCAUUCCUGACCGGUUUUACUCAAAGGGAGGAUUUGACGACGUGAUAACUAACGUCGGUAGCACCGUUGACUUCCACAUAGACAACAAAACCGCUUUCGAGACCGUUUACCGGUUAAACGUAGCCGGACAAGACGUCAGCGACACGGAUAUGUUCAGGCGUUGGCUUUCCGAUGAUGAGUUCAUACUCAGCGAAAACUCAGGACUCAAACCGGACGUACCGGAUGCGGAAAUAACCUACACAGAGGAAACUCCGGUUUACGUUGCGCCGGAAGAUGUGUACAAGACGUUUCGCUCCAUGGGGAACAUCAAGAAUCCUAAACUAAACCUUAACUUUAACUUGACAUGGCCCUUAAAUGUCGAUGCCGGGUUUAACUAUCUUGUUAGGCUUCAUUUCUGUGAGACUUUACCUGAAGUAGACGAAACAGGAGAACGUGUCUUCUCCAUCUUCUUGGGAAAUCAGAUGGCUAAGCUUGAGAUGGAUGUGAUUCAGUUGAGCGGUGGUUCUCGGGUUCCGAUGUAUCUAGAUUUCAAUUUAUAUGUUGGUUCUGAAAAUGGGCAGAGUCGUAAUCUGCAACUUGACUUGCGUCCUUACAAUGAGACGAGUCCAAGGUAUCUUGACGCUAUUCUGAAUGGUUUAGAGAUUCUCAAGCUGAGUGACCCUGAAGGUAAUCUCGCUGGACCUAAUCCAGAUCCUCCACCACGUUUUACACCGAACUCUGCAACGCGAGAAAGAGAAAAAGACAAAGGAAAGUCUCAUGUUUUGGUUAUAAUACUCGCAGUGGUUGGUUCUGCAAUUGUGCUAGCAAUGUUUGUUGUUGUCUUCAUCAUCAUGAAGAGGAAGAAGAAGAAGAAGAAGAAGAAGGAGGAGUUUAGUGUAAAUAACACAAGCAAGACUACAAGCUCGUGGACUCCUCUGCCUCAUCAUACCGGGUCCACGGGCUCAUCUCUGCCGUCAGAUCUCUGCCGUCGAUUCUCAAUCGUCGAAAUCAAAGCCGCCACAAACGAUUUCGAGGAGAAACUAGUCGUUGGAGUAGGCGGGUUUGGUACAGUUUACAAAGGAAGAAUCGACGGUGGAGCCACGCUUGUGGCGGUUAAACGGUUAGAGAUCUCAUCGAACCAAGGAGCUAAAGAGUUCGAAACAGAGAUCGAGAUGCUCUCAAUGCUCCGACACAUACAUCUCGUUUCUCUGAUCGGAUAUUGCGACGACGAGAACGAGAUGGUGCUUGUCUACGAGUAUAUGCCACACGGUACACUUAAAGACCAUCUUUACAAGAGAAACAAGGUCUUUGAUCCUCCAUUGACGUGGAAACGGAGGUUAGAGAUUUGCAUUGGAGCGGCUCGUGGUCUACAGUAUCUCCAUACAGGCGCGAAGCACAUGAUCAUACAUAGAGACAUCAAAACAACGAACAUACUUCUUGAUGAGAACUACGUAGCUAAAGUCUCUGACUUUGGGUUGUCUAAAGUGGGUCCUACUAGUGCAUCUCAAACGCACGUCUCGACGGUCGUUAGAGGAACGUUUGGUUACUUGGACCCUGAGUAUUGUCGCCGUCAAGUCUUGACGGAAAAAUCUGACGUGUACUCAUUUGGAGUUGUUCUUUUGGAGGUUAUGUGUUGUAGACCGGUCAAACUCCAGAAUGUUCCACCGGAAGAAGCAGAUUUGAUCAGAUGGGUGAAGUCAAACUACAAGAAAGGAACCGUUGACGAGAUCAUCGACGAAGAUCUAACGGCUGAUAUUACUCCGAUAUCGUUGGAGAAGUUCUGUGGGAUCGCGGUGAGAUGUGUUGAGGGUCGUGGAACCGAACGGCCAUCAAUGAACGACGUCGUUUGGGGGCUUGAGUUUGCGCUUCAGCUUCACGAGAGUGGUGAAAAGAUUAAUGACGUGGAUUCUCUGGAUAUGCCACGUGGUGAGGUAGGUACGACAACGGACGGAGAAGAUUUGUUUAGCAGAACUACAGGACACGUGUCGAAAUCUACCACGUCCGAUGGUGAUGAUUCUGUUCCUCUUGCGAGUGAUUCGAGUUGGGGAGUAUUUUCAGAGAUCAAAGAUCCUAAAGCAAGGUAGGUUUUGAUUGUUGGAGUUACCAUCCUGGUUAUAUGUAUUAUUAUAUUUUGUUAAAUUAUGAUGUAUAUCUAUUUUGUAUUUAAAAUUAAAAUUAUUUACUAUAUAUAUGUGGUCCAGCAGAUUUCAAUGUAUAUAAAACACUUAUUUCUAGUAUAAUUUUGCUACAUGUCAAAAGA